AAUCAAGACAUUGAUCACCACUUGGUUUCAAUCAUAUCAUAACCACUGCUUUCAAUCGUUGACCAAACACUGUGUCCACACUUGAGAUCACUUAUCACAUCAUCAAUGAUGUCAUGCAUUACAUCAACACAUCAUUGAUUGUCAUUUCAAUGUUUCCACACUUUCAUCGAUUGUAUUAUUGUUUGUAUUAUUCAGUGAUAUAUUCAAUGAUCACAUAAUAAGUCAUGAAUUUGUUGAGACAUGUGAUGACAAACACUUUAUUUCACAACAAUGUGACCACAAAUCCCGUUAAAGUCAGUGUCCGUCACUUCCAAAGGCGACCUUUUAUCCGAAGAUUCGGUUAUAAACCGCAUAUUCACUGCAGAGGGUUUCUGCCGCGAGUUAAGGGCGACGUCGGACCGUUGCGGACACUUCCCAACGAACCACUUCCCGAUGAAUGGAGAAAAAAGGAGGCAUUGUUUGGUCAAAACGAUUACAUCGAUCUGUUGGGCGACGGAAGUGUUUCAGUGACCGAUCUUAUGACAGGCACUCCCCGAUGGCUCAAGAAUUUUAAGGGCAAUGAACUCCAAAUGUCUGUUCGCAAGAAAAAGACUUAUUCCCACUGGAAAUGGUUGAGACCUAAGAAAUAUCACGAAUUGGAGGCAAGAAUUUUCUUCUUAUAUAAAAAACUUAACUUCAAGAGAGCUCCGCCUCCACCGCAAUACCCGUAGAGAUAGUGAGAUAGUUGUCACACAUGUGGUGACUAUCACUUCAAUCAAUUUAUAUUUAUAGACAAAUGAUUUAAUUAAAAAAAUAGUUAUUAAUUACAUAAUUAUAUUAAAUAAAAAUU